GUGACCUGUGGCUUUCCUUGCUUCUUGUCGCCUACUUUUUGGAACCGAAACCUCUAAUCCCUAGCUCUACGAGCUUGCGGAGUAUCCUCAAAGAAGAACAGAAAACGAUCACCCUAAAUUAUAGACCUUAGCACCAACUGUAGUGGUCCAUCUUUUCUGUACAUAUUUAGAAUGGCUACACCCCUUAACUCUGAGGCUCUGAAAAAGCAGGGGGAUCUUUUUAUAGUGAAAGAGGAAGCACAUUACUGGGAACAAGAAUCGAGUUUGCAACACAACCACAGCACAAGCGAGGUUUUCCGGCAGCAUUUCAGGCAGCUCUGCUAUCAGGAAACACCUGGACCUCGUGAAGCUCUAACUCGUCUUCGUGAACUUUGCCAUCAGUGGCUGAGACCAGAGAUGCACACGAAAGAACAGAUUUUGGAGCUCUUGGUAUUAGAGCAGUUCUUAACUAUCUUGCCCAAGGAUCUGCAGACCUGGGUACAGGAUCAUCAUCCUGAGAAUGGAGAGGAGGCAGUAACUGUCCUGGAAGAUUUGGAAAGAGAAAUUGAUGAACCAGCAUCCCAGGGUCCAGCCCAUGUACAUAGACAGGAAAUGCUCUUGGAAGAGAUGGCACCUAAGGGAACAUCAAGAACAUCAACUGAGUCAUUAAGUAUCCAUCUCAAUCCCAGGAAGACUCAGCUGAAAUGGAAAUCCUGGGAACUCUAUCCAUUACAAGAGAAUGAUGAUGAAACCAAGACUGAAAAUGUGGGAUUGAUUCAAAAGGAAGAAACUUCUAAAGACAUGGAAUCACUAAGGGACAUAUAUGGCAGACUCAGUGGGCAUAUUUCCUGGGAUCCUAUAUUCAGACAAGCUUUUGAACCUGAGGGCAGAUUAGAAUGGCAACAGGAAAACCUUGAAGGGAAAAGACGACACAAAUGUGAUGAAUGUGGAAAAGGUUUCAGUCAUAGCUCAGACCUUAGUAAACAUAAGAGAACUCACACUGGGGAGAAGCCCUAUAAAUGUGAUGAGUGUGGAAAAGCUUUUAUUCAGCGCUCACAUCUCAUUGGACAUCAGAGAGUCCACACUGGAGUAAAACCUUAUAAAUGUAAAGAAUGUGGGAAAGAUUUCAGUGGUCGAACAGGCCUUGUUCAACAUCAGAGAAUCCACACUGGAGAGAAACCCUAUGAAUGUGAUGAGUGUGGGAGACCCUUCCGUGUGAGUUCAGCACUUAUUCGACAUCAACGAAUCCACACAAACAAGUUCUAUUGAUGAAAAUCACAAAAACCUUCAUUAGUAGCUCAAGCUAGACAUAUAAGAUCAAAACAAGAGAAAAUCUAUGACUGUCCUAUGGGGGGAAAGAUCAGUAGCCAUUGAAACUUUAUCUAGAAAAAGAAAAUCCACCGGAA